CGGGCGGGCGGGCGGGCGGGCGGGCAGGUGCGACACGGACACGCGCGACACGGACACGCGCACAUUCGCCUACGCGGGAGAGAGGAGCUCGAGAGAGGAGAGUGACGGAAUAGCGGCCGUCCACCACCGAGACGCGUGCGGACGAAAUCGGAGAGAGAGGCGCGCGCGCGUGCGCGCGCACACACCUUGAGAUCUCCCUCCCGCGGGACGUGGGGAGGACGCCCCUGCCAUGGCCGUGGGGUGGAUGCGGCGAGCGAGGCAGCGCGUCACGGUGCUCGCCCUGCUCGUGCUGCUCGUGGCGCUGCUGGUGCUCGUGAGCUGCCCGGCGCCGGCGCGCGGCUGCGGCCCGGGCCGGGGCUACGGCAGCCGGCGGAGGCUGCCGCGCAAGCUGACCCCGCUCGCCUACAAGCAGUUUGUGCCCAACGUGGCCGAGAAGACCCUGGGAGCCAGCGGUCGCUACGAGGGGAAGAUCGCGCGCGGCUCCGAGAGGUUCAAGGACCUGACGCCCAACUACAACCCCGACAUCAUCUUCAAGGACGAGGAGAACACGGGCGCGGACCGCCUCAUGACGCAGCGCUGCAAGGACCGGCUGAACGCGCUCGCCAUCUCCGUGAUGAACCAGUGGCCCGGUGUGAAGCUGCGCGUCACCGAGGGCUGGGACGAGGACGGCCACCACUCGGAGGAGUCGCUGCACUUCGAGGGGCGCGCGCUCGACAUCACCACGUCGGACCGCGACCGCGCCAAGUACGGCAUGCUGGCGCGCCUGGCGGCCGAGGCGGGCUUCGACUGGGUCUACUACGAGUCCAAGGCGCACGUGCACUGCUCCGUCAAAGCCGAGAACUCUGUGGCCGCCAAGUCAGGCGGCUGCUUCCCGGGCGAGGCGAGCGUCUGGCUGGAGGGCGGCGUCGCCGCUCCGCUGCGAGACGUGCAGCCCGGCCAGCGUGUGCUCAGCGCCGACGGCACCGGCGCGCUGCUCUACAGCCCCGUACUGCUCUUCCUCGACCGCCAGCCACGCGUCCGCCAGCUCUACUACGUCAUCGAGACCGGGGAAAACCCUCGCCGCCGCCUCAAGCUCACGCCGGCGCACCUCUUGUUCGUCGCGCCCAACGGCACGGACUUUUCCCGCGGCGACGGAGCCGGCGCUAUUUUCGCGAGCAGCGUGCGCCCGGGCCACUUCGUGUUCGUGCGGGAAACGGCGGCGACGCCGGGCCACCCGGGGCGCGUGCGGCCGGAGCGCGUCGCUGCCGUCUACACGGAGGAGGCGCUCGGGGCAUACGCUCCGCUCGUGUCGAGCGGCACGGUGCUCGUGGACGGCGUGCUCGCAUCCUGCUACGCCGCCGUCAGCUCGCACGAGCUGGCCCACGCGGCCCUGGGGCCCGUGCGUCUCCUGCAUGGCCUGGCGGCGGGGCUGGGCCCAGGCCGGCCCGCCAACGGCACGUGCAGCAGCGGCGAGCCGGCAGACGAGCGCUCGUCGGAGGAGGAGGAGGAGGAGGGCGUCCAUUGGUACUCGCGUCUGCUGUACCGCAUCGGCUCACUCGUACUGGACAAAGCCAUGUUCCAUCCGCUGGGGAUGCCGGACUGAGACUCGGGUG